GGGGCGCGAGAUGCGAAGCGGCAUUUUGGCGCGAAAACUGCGAGGGGGAACGCAGCGCGCCAUAGGCUCCUGUUGAGAGAAAGGCCGGGAGAGGAGAGAUUGUGGGUGAAGUUGUUGUUGUUCAGGAGCCAUGGCCACGACUCCCAUCCACGCCGCGUCUCCAUUCAAAGUGAAGGGGCAGAUCCAGGUCAUCUUCGGGCCCAUGUUCUCUGGCAAAAGCACGGAGUUGUUGAGACGUGUGCGCCGUUUCCGUGUCACACGGCACGAGUGCCUCCUCAUCAAAUACGCACGUGACACGCGCUACUCGGAGAGUGGGCUUGCCACACACGACCAGUAUGAGAUGGCAGCCGUCCCAGCGUCAUGUCUGUACGACAUUCAUUCCCUCGCACUACCCUGCUCCGUCAUUGGCAUUGAUGAGGGCCAGUUCUUCCCAGACUGCGUGCAGUUCUGCGAGGAGAUGGCGAACUUGGGAAAGACUGUCAUCGUUGCGGCCCUCGAUGGAACAUUUCAGCGCAAGGCGUUUGGAGAUGUUCUGGCGCUGGUACCACUUGCAGAGAGUGUGGUGAAGCUCAGCGCUGUUUGCAUGCGCUGCUACAAGGAGGCGGCCUACACCAAGCGCCUGGGCUCUGAGACACAGGUGGAGGUGAUAGGAGGAGCGGACAAGUACAUGUCCCUGUGCAGACUCUGCUACUUCCACUCGGAGCAGGAGGCGCUCCUGUCAGAGCUCCCGGCUGAGAACGAGACUCCGCUCGGCGCCACCGCGCAGGCGGCACUGUCAUCACGCAUCCCGGCUCGGCAGCUCUUCCCCCUGCAGCCUCACAACUCGUAGCGGUGCCACGCCAGUCUCCAGAGGGGAGCGCCUGCCGUCUUUGUCGCGCAGUACGAACGGCACUCCUCAGAAGGAGGCAGACAUUGACCAUUUUAUAUCUGCCACUCGUACCUGAUUUUUUACUUGAGGCCAUGUAAUGAUCUGGCCACAUUUGUGUGUCAUUAAGAAAUCGGUAAUUGUCAUGUGGUGCACGAGCAUUUAACGACGUGCCAGUUAUUAUUGUUUUGGCUCAACUCGCCGGUAAGCCGAUAAACCAAUAAACAAUUCUCUCAACCAAGCAUCUUUACGACGAGAUCCAGAAAAUCAGUCAGAAUCACUUCCUGGAUCUUUAUUCUGAAUUCCUGGCACUUGUCCUGAAUACUUAAUGCAGUUUCAAGUGAAACGUAAUUUCUUAUCUAAUCGCUGUUAAAUCUGGCUGUGAGAAUAGUUUUCUAACUCACCGGUAAGUGAGCUGAAACAAAAGGUGUGUCGUUAAACGCUUGCAUGCUGUGAAAUGAAUUUGUUUGGCUGUGUCGGGUGGUGAAGGGUUUCACUGCAUGGCCUAAUCCAAAAAUCAAUGAUGAUUUCUAACAGUCUGCAAUAAAUAGAAAUUGUUGAGGCUGUAUAUCAAUUGUGGGAAUGCCAGCACACCGCGCUGGCACUUACAACACCAAAGACGUGCACCGGCACUAUUCCUAUUUCUGUGCUUUGAUGUUAGUGCAGAUGGGAAAAGGGCAGUGAGAGUCUGAGUGUGUGCGACGUUACUUUUGUGAGUGCGAGUUUAUUAGAUGUGCGAGCGUUGCGUGAGUGUGCGAGUCUGAGUAUCGGUGUGGGAUGCGGUACAUUCGGGUGGAAUAUUAGCACUCGUAUAUUGACGCAACGUGCUAUAUUGUAUUACUAAAUAUGGACAAUGACGAACAUUGUCGUUUUAAAAAGAAUAAACAAACUACUUUGACCUGCA